AUGUCGCACGCGGACCACAGUCCCCGACAGGACACCGACGCCAACCCACCCAGCUCGACAUCUCCCCCCGACGCACCCACCGACGACCACAGCCAAUCUCUCCCCGCCCCUCCCGCUUCCACCUCCAACGGCCAGCACUCUCCCAACACCCUACCCUCUGCAUCACCCAACGGCCCAAAAAUUACCUCCCCAUCAGAGCACACCCAGGACGCGUCUACCCAGCAUUCCGCAGUUCCACCCUCCGCUCUCAACGGCAUGUCUGGUUCCCAAAACACACACGUCAAUGGCGCCAAUUCGCAGACUCCCCCACGCACCCAACGCCCCUCAUUUUUCUCCAAGCUCUUUCGCAUUCUCGUCCCGUGUGUAUCUCCCUCACCCUCGUCUCAUCCAGUAGAGCUUCCCGAAACUGUCGCAAAGGCGCCCGAACCUGAAAAAGUCGACUCGAAACCCGAGGAGGAGGAAAAGUCGGCUCCUUCUGAAACUACCCUACCACAGGAUACCCUACGAGUUGAACCUACAAAACCUACUAUAUCUACAGACAGCCGUCCAAUAACGCCUACAGCGGAAAAUGCAGAAGUCAUAUUGCCUCCAACACCCACUACCCACCUAUUGCCACCCGAGGAGACAGAGGGCAUGACUUCCGGCGCCGUUCAGCCCCCUGGUUCCAAAGGAGACACGCCUACACAUGAAAAAUCUCAUAGUGCUGUUCACCACCCUGUAGACAGUGCGGACGGCAAUGAAUCAGAGGGCACGAGUUAUACCGAGGAGGAGCUGGAAGAGGCCGAAGAUGAAGAGGAUAGACUGAUAUUCAAUGGAGGAGCUGGUAUACCCAUAGGUCCAGACGGAGUUCCUAGACCUCUGCUUCCUCCCAUUUCACCUCAGCAUGCUGGACGGAAAUGCUUAGUUUUGGACCUUGACGAAACAUUGGUACACAGUAGCUUCAAGUCCAUUUCACAAGCCGACUAUGUCGUGCCUGUCGAAAUUGAAUAUCAUUGGCAUAAUGUUUAUGUGAUUAAACGGCCAGGGGUGGACAAUUUCCUCAAGAAGAUGGGCGAAAUUUAUGAAAUCGUUGUCUUUACUGCUAGUCUAAGCAAGUAUGCGGACCCAGUUUUGGAUAAACUCGACAUCCACCAAGUGGUUUCCCACAGACUUUUCCGGGAAAGUUGCUACAACCACAAAGGAAAUUACGUCAAGGACCUCUCGCAAUUGGGCAGGCCCAUCGCAGACACAAUCAUCCUUGACAAUUCUCCUGCCUCUUACAUAUUCCAUCCUAACAACGCCGUUCCUGUUUCCUCGUGGUUUAAUGACCCCCACGAUACAGAGCUUACAGAUUUGGUUCCCUUCCUAACGGAUCUCAGUGCAGUCGACGAUGUUAGAGGCAUUUUGGAUGGCGCUCGGUAA